CUUCGGGCUCUGGAGGAGCUGUUUUUUGGCCGCUCCUCAGAUCCAGGCCAGGGAACCCGUUCGUGGUCGAGGCCAGACGUGGCCAGAAGAGCACAUGCUGGCUUCCUUGCGGUAGCACGUGGGCUGCAUCCGUCUCGACGCCCACGGGUCAGCCCUGGUCAGCUACAGCGCCGGCAUCAGCGCGUGCGAGAAGGGCAAGCAGUGGCAGCGGGCUCUGGCGCUGCUCGGCGAGAUGCGGGAGGCGAAGUUGCAGCCUGGCGUGAUCUGCUACAACGCUGGGAUCAGCGCGUGCGAGAAGGGCGGGCAGUGGCAGCAUGCUCUAUCGCUGCUCAGCGACAUGCGGGAGGUUGAACUGAAGCCGGACGUCAUCUCCACAAUGCUGGGAUCAGCGCGUGCGCGAAGGGCGAGCAGUGGCAGCAGGCUGCGGCGCUCCUCAGCCAGAUGCGGGCGGCGAAACUGGAGCGCAACGCCAUCAGCUACUGCGCCGGGAUCAGCGCGUGCGCGAAUGGCGAGCAGUGGCAGCGGGCCGUGGCGCUCCUCUGCGAGAUGCGGGAGGCUGAGCUGGAGCAGGACGUCAUCUUCCAUUUAGCUACAAUGCUGGGAUCAGCGCGUGCGAGAAGGGCAAACAGUGGCAGGAGGCUCUGGCGCUGCUUAGCAAGAUGUGGGAGGCGAAGCUCGAACCCGACAUCAUCAGCUACACCGCUGGGAUCAGCGCCUGCGAGAAGGGCAAGAUGUGGGAGCAGGCUUUGGCGCUUCUCAGCGAAAUGCGGGAGGCGAAGCUGCAGCCCGACGUCAUUGGCUUCAACGCUGGGGUCAGCGCGUGCGAAAAGGGCGACCAGUGGCAAAGGGCUCUGGCGCUGCUGAGCGAGAUGCGGGUGGCAAAGCUGGAGCCCGAUGCCAUCAGCUACAAUGCUGGGAUCGGCGCGUGCGCGAAGAGCGAGCAGUGGCAGCAGGCUCUGGCGCUGCUCAGCGAGAUGCUUGAGGCGAAACUUGAGCCUGGCAUCAUCGGUUUUAAUGCUGGGGUCGACGCGUGCCAGAAGGGCGACCAGUGGCAGCGAGCGCUCUUGCUUCUGAUCGAUAUGAGGGAGUCGAGACUUGAGCCCGACGUUAUCUCUACAGCGCCGGGGUGAGCGCGUGCGAGAAGGGCAACCAGUGGCAGCGAGCGCUGGCGCUUCUCGGAGAGAUGCGGCGGGCGAGACUGGAGCCCGACGCCAUCUGUUGCAGCGCGGUGCUCCUGGCUCUGGACAGGGGCGAGGCGGGCAUCCGCGCGAGGCGCCUGCUCCGGGCCCCGCCGCCGGGCGCGGAGCUCGCCUGCGCCGGGGGCGCCCCGAGCGGCCCCUCCUCCCGACGCCGGACC